AUGCCACGCUCAAUAUCAUUCAGCUGGCACUUAACAGGCAAAUUACCACAAACGGAGCACGUGCCAUCAUUGACAGAACAGACACUGAAUGUUCGUAUUUGGUUAAACCGAAAUGAUGAGAUUAUGGUGAUAUUAUUUUUUCAUGAUGUUACCUUUGAUGAUCGUGCUGUUGCCGUUGGUGCUGCUGCUCCAGAUGAUAAUGAUAAUGAUGAUGAUGAUGAUGUUGAUGAUGAUGAUGAUGAUGGUGAUGGUGAUUAA